GCGGGGCUUGGGCUGGCGAUUGCAUCGGGACCGGGGUCCACACCCCGGCCGAGAGACAUUUGCUGCGAGUUCCGGACGCAGCACCCUGAGCUCUGGGAUUAAAAACGGCCCUUCCCCGGGGAAAUGUCUGCUGAUGAGCGAAGGCCCUGGCGCUAAUCCUAUGGCGCAUGCGUGUCGCUGGAUCGGCGGCUGAUAGACGGGGAUCUGGUUCGUGGGUGAAUCGGUUUCUGGUUUGUGGGGGUUUCUGGGUACAGGGACCGCCAUCGGGGACUGCAGAGGCGUGAUUUGGAGCGUUCUCGGAGGGAGUGGAAGAGGACAGACCUCCCAGACCAGUUCCAACAGGGCACAAAAGGUAAAGGAUUUGUACACGUAGAUCUCAAAGACGUCAGUUCCACUGUAUGUUGUCAUCAAUCUUUGGACGUGGAGGAGGAGAUAGUUGAUAAGACAAUACACAAUUUGGAUUAAGGAGAACCUGAACACCUGCUCAGUGUAGGAGAGAGAUUUGGAUGAAGAAAUCUGGAGACAAACCUUGUAAGUUCUCUUCAAGUUAUUGAAGGAGUGAACAGGUAUUUCCAUUGUAACGCCAGUAUAUCACUGGUGGAACCUUGGAGCAGAAGGUGUAUCUCAGUCCAGCUGGAAAUGUGCUUUGUGUCUGAAAUGAAGUUUUCUGUUGUAACUCUGUGAAAUCCACUGGAACUGGGGUACUGAGAACACAUCAGCAUUGGAUUACCAGAGAUCAGGCCUCCAACUGCAUUGCCUACAAGGGAGAAAUGACUUCUGAUAUCUAACUUGAUGAAUCGCCAGAGAACUGAUAGCAGGGAGAUAUCAUUCACCCGCUCUCGGUGUGGGAAGGGAUUUACUCGCUCAGCCGACCUGCGGACACUCCGGUGAAUUUGCACAGGGGAGAGCCCGUUCACCUGGUACUCAGUAAUCCAGCCUGAAGAUAGAUCAGCAAGUUCACUUCAUAGUGAGAUUGUUCAGACGACUCUAAGCAAUUCAUUCUGCUAUCCAAGCUGAAGAUACAUUGGAAAAUUCACCACGGUGAGAGACUGUUCACCUGCUCUGUGUGUGGGAAGGCAGUCACUUGACCACUCAACUUAGUGACACACAAGCGAGCUCACACGAGAGAGAGGGAGAGACUGUUCUUUUCUUCUGUGUGUAGGACGGGAUUCACUUGUACAUCUCACGUGAUGAGUCACCCCUUAAUGCACUCCAAGGAGUGGCCGUUCAUCUGCUCGGACUGUGGGAAGGGAUUCACUGAUUUGUCCCAACUGCAGGAGCACCAGCGAGUUCACACAAGAGCAUUCACCUGUCCCGUGUGUGGGAAGGGAUUCGCUCACUCAUCCCAUGUACUGAGGCACCAGCGAGUUCACUCUGGGGAGAAGCCAUUCACCUGCUCGGACUGUGGGAAGGCAUUCACUCAGUCGUCCCACCUGCAGGUACACAAGCGAGUUCACAGUGGGGAGAGGCCAUUUAUCUGCUCUGUCUGCGGGAAGGGAUACACUCAGUCCUCUGAUCUGAUGAUACACCAGCGGGUUCACACAGGAGAAAGGCCGUUCACCUGUUCUGUGUGUGGGAAGGGAUUCACUCACUCUUCCCACCUGAUCAGACACCUGCGUGUUCACUCUGGGGAGAAGCCCUUCACCUGCUCAGACUGUGGGAAGGCAUUUACACAGUCCUCUCACUUGCAAGUACACCGGCGUGUUCACAGUGGAGAGAGGCCAUUUAUCUGCUCUGUUUGUGGGAAGCGAUGUACUCAAUCUUCUGACCUGAUGAGGCACCAGCGGGUGCACACUGGGGAGAGGCCAUUCACCUGCUCUGAAUGUGGGAAGGGAUUCACUCGGUCAUCUCACCUGCUAGCACACCAGGCAGUUCACACUGGGGAGAGGCCAUUCACCUGCUCUGAAUGUGGGGUGGGAUUCACUCACUCAUCCUAUCUGAUAAGUCAUCAGCGGGUUCACACUGGGGAGAGGCCGUUCACCUGCUUAGAAUGUGGGAAGGGAUUCACUCGGUCUUCUCACCUACUGGCGCACCAGAGAGUCCACACUGGGGAGAGGCCAUUCACCUGCUCGAUUUGUGGGAAGGGAUUCACUGAGUCGUCUCACCUGCAUGCGCACCAGCGAGUUCACACUGGGGAGAGGCCAUUCACCUGUUCCGUGUGUGGGAAGGCAUUCACUCACUCAUCCCAGCUGAUAAGGCACCAGCGAGUUCACUCCGGGGAGAAGCCGUACACUUGCUCGGACUGUGGGAAGGCGUUUAAUCAGUCCUCUCACUUGCAGACCCACCAGCGAGUUCACAGUGGGGAGAGACCAUAUAUCUGCCCAAUCUGUGGGAAGGGAUUCAUCCAAUCAGCUGAACUGCUGAAACACCAGCGAGUUCAUAGUGGGGAAGCCCGUUCACCUGUUGUGAAUGUGGGAAGAGAUUCACUCAGUUACACCACAUUGUGAAGUAUCAGUGGGUUUACACUGAGAGGCUGCAUACCUGGCCUGUGUGAGUAAACAGGUUUACUCGUUCAUCCUACCUGCUGGUACGCCAGCUCAAGAUUUUGGGGAGUUAUGUACGGUGUCUUCGCACCCGUAGACACCAUCAUGCUCACAGUGGCCGGGGUCCAUUCAUCUGCUCUGUGUGGCAGGAAUUCACUUGCUCAGCCCACAGGCAGAAACACCAGUGGGUUCACAGUGGAAAGAGGGCACUCACCUGUUCUGUGUGUGGGAGGGAUAUACUCUGUCAUCCAGCCUGAAGAUGUUCCCAUUGCACAGUGACCAUAUACCUGAUCUGACUCUGGGUAGCGAUUCCUUAAGAUCCCCAACCUCAGGACACAUAAGUGAGUUCACACUGGAGAGGGGUUAUCCAUCUGGUCUAGGUGUGGGAAGGAAUUCAUUCAGUCACUUCAGCCACUGAGCACCAGCGAGUUCCCACGAGGGAGUAGCCGUUCACCUGUUCUGAGUGUGGGAAGGGUUUCAUUCAGUUAAACCACCUUGUGAGGCUCCAUUAAGUUCACAAUAAGGUGAGGCCACACUUCUGUCCUAAAUGAGCAAAGAGAUUUACUCAGUUGUCCCUUAUGGUGAGAUUCCAGCAACUUCACAUCAAGGAGAAGGUUCGAAUAAGCUGUCUGUUAUAUUUUUAGGCAUCACGGCAGCUGGAUCUGGUUGCAAGCUCCUGAAUGAUUCUUCAUGUCAGGUUCUGCUGUUACUGCAGCUGCUGACCGUACCCGGGACUGAACCCUGGUCAUUGAGCAUUCAAGGGGUUAAUUCCAGCCUUAAAUGAGACUGGUGUUUAAUAUUGUAGAUCUGUGACAAAUAAAUGAGUUGCAUUUCAAA